CUGCUAUUGCGGGCUUAAUUUUUUGAAAUCAAGAUAUAUUCGUUGAAAUGUCAAUACAAAUGUUGACUGGUAAAAAUCCUUGAUGUAAAAUAACGUUCGGAAACAUUGUUUUUACAAAAUUCGUUAUUUGGAUUCGAACUCUUGCGCAAAAUCAAAAUGACCGCCGUAAGGCGCACUUGUAAUCUUAUUUCGACUCUAUACUGAUUUUUGGAACUCGUUGAAUAUCAAAUGUUGUUUCACGUCAAACAAAAUGACGGCUGGAGUGACUGAAGUAUAACUCUAUGUUCAACUAAAUACUAAUAAUCGAUAAUUUAGCCCACAAACAUUACUUGUACAUAUGUACAAGUUUGCCUAUUUCAGUUCAGACAUACCCUUCGCAAGGGUUCUCGAGUAAUUUAAAAUUCUCAUUAUAAUGCUGAAAACAUUGGGUCCAGUUCUUGAUACACUACAAUAAUUAGUAGCUAUUUUAAUGAUUUUAUAUUCGAAUUUAUUUUCAAUGUAACGUUUCCUUCUGCAGCGUAGGGUGCGACCUUAAAGCAUAUAUUAAUACAAAUAGCUUCGCAUGUGCAGAAAGUGUGGCGGAGGAGUGAAAGAGUAAAGUAUUUGCCCGUUAUAACCUGUCUCUCUCGCUCUGCACCCAAUUGAUCGAUACGUUUCCUCUCAAAUAAUCAAGCGUAGAGUGAGAGAAACGGAGUAUCCCGAAUACAUAUCUCGAUCUCUCAUCACUUGGCUGCAGUUUGACGAGAUGGAUGGCGUGUGUAGUUACCGCGGCAUACAUACAGGUCUAGAAACUCCGGUGGUGGGGGUAUGUCCUCUUAUUGAAGCACCGAUCGUUUCGCCCAGUGACCACGAGUGUCGCUGCGAUAGGGGGAUGCAGGAUUCAGGAUGCUGAAAUUUUGACCGAGUUUCUAGACCUGUAUGUAAGACCGUGGUAGUUACCUCCGGUGGUAUAUGCUCUAAGGAUGCGACUAGAUAUACAUCAUAUACAUAUGUAUGAAUAGACAAACUGUACCUACCCAUGGACAUAAAUGUAAUCACUAUGUUAUCAAACAUCGGCGAUUCGCGCAUGCGCAGAACUUCCUUACGGAAUAUGACAAGUGUGUAAGUGAGUGCGUGUGAACUGUGAAAGCCGACAGCGAUUAGCCGCUACUUGCCAGCAUCAGUGUAUGUAUCAACUAUCAGCAUAGCUUUCCGCGCGUCCAGUCCAGUGUUUACCGUUCGUUGAUAGCGGUGCUUUUCGACCCGUCGAGAAAAAUGUUGCGAUCUCGGACGGCAGCGAAAGCGGUUUCAUUCCUCCGGAGUGGGGAUGACUUGUUGGAGUAAAAUCUUCGUACACAAGUCUAAAGUAAUAUCCGGUUAAUGUGCGCGAUGCAUUUCGCUCUGGAUAUUUUGAUUUUUGGUGCCCUUUUCGCUGUCGCACAAGCAGAAACUACCCAGCCAUGGUACGAAACACUUCCCGCUGUUGCUAUGGAUUAUAAAGUUCACAUAGAUCCCGGCAAAGAAGACUGCUACUUUCAAUAUGUCAAUCCGGGAGCAACUUUUUAUGUCAGCUUUCAGGUGUUGAGAGGCGGAGACGGAAUGGCAGGCUUUGCUGUUAGGAAUCCAACAGGGCAGAUAGUAUAUCCUUACCAAUGGCGAACAAGCGCUGAUUAUCAGGAUCAAUCUGCCACUGGAGGUUACUAUAGUGUUUGCAUCGAUAAUCAAUUCUCCAGAUUCGCGUCAAAACUGGUUAAUCUUUACCUAACUGUGAUAAGAUACGAUCAAUGGGAUAAAUUCACAAAAGAACUCAACGAGUUGAAUCUAUCUGUUGAAAAUUUCACGAGAACAAUUGUUGGAGUUGAGAAGAAUAUCAAUGAGAUGCUGCAAAUUCAGCACUUGAGUCGGAGUCGCGAGGCUAGAGACAUAAAUUUAUUAUUGGAUAAUAAUUCCUAUGUACAAAAUUGGUCAAUCGCACAAUUGUUAGUGAUAACAGCAACAACGACGCUGCAAGUUUACUUCGUAAGGAGAUUAUUUGAAGUGAAGCCGUCCGGAUACUCGAGAGUACGGAUAUAAGUAUAUCCGAGAAAAAACAAUCGACUGAAAUAGUGUAGAAAUAAGAAUUGGCGGUGUUUUAUACUAGAAUAUAUUUCCACUGCGUUAUUCUCUUUGCAUACUUAACUGAACAUGAUCUACAUCUUUAUCUAUUCAACUCUGUGUCUACGUAAAAUUUUAAUAAUGUACGUAUACUUGAAAUGGCAAAUACUUAAAACUAUACUAGAUUACAAACAGGUCUGAAUAUCAACCGUUGCUCAGUAUACUGACAAAUGAACUGUGACAAUUCUUGUGCUCACUAUACGUACUUACGGUUAUUCCGUUCAAGAUAAAAAAGAAAAGAAAAAAAAAAAAACGCCUCACUGAAA